GGCUGGCAGAAGCCGUGCCAGCCGCUCCUUCAGCUCCAGUUCGGAUGGAGCUAGCGAGUCCUCAUCUUCAUCUUCAUCCUCGUCCUCCCGAUCCCGGUCACGGUCAUUCUCCCCACCGCCCAAGCGGUGGCGAAGGUACCGCUCAAGAUGUUCCCACAGCUCCUCCUCCCGCUCCAGCUGUGGGUCAUGUGGCAGGUCCCGGGACAGGUCCUCCUCCUCAUCGUCAACGUCCUCCCACUCAUCCAGGUCCACAUCCCGCAGCCAGUCCCGCUCCCGCUCCCCCUCGCCCCGCAGGAGGAGUAACAGGCGGAGAAGAUACAGUUACGACGCACAGGACCACUACCAAAGGCAGAGGAUCCUCCAGAAGGAACGUGCAAUAGAGGAGCGGCGAGUUGUGUUUAUUGGCAAGAUCCCCAGCAGGAUGACGCGGUCGGAGCUGCGGCACCGCUUCUCUGUGUUCGGGGACAUUGAGGAGUGCACCUUGCAUUUCCGCUCUGAGGGGGACAACUAUGGCUUUGUCACCUACCGCUAUGCCGAGGAAGCCUUUGCUGCCAUUGAGAGCGGGCACAAGCUGCGGCGCCCGGAUGAGCAGCCCUUUGAUCUGUGCUUCGGCGGCCGCCGGCAGUUCUGCAGGAGGAACUAUGCUGACUUGGACUCAAACCGGGAGGAUUUCGACCCGGCCCCCGUCAAGAGCAAGUUUGACUCCCUGGACUUCGACACGCUGCUGAGGCAGGCACAGCGCAGCCUGCGGAGGUAGCGGCAGGCAAGGCGGAGCGCCCGCCCCCACUUUUAUACUAAAUACAAAAGACAAAAAAAGUAUGGAGAGAGAGAGAGAGAUGGGGUUUUUAAGAAAAAGAAAAAGGAAAAAAAGAAAUUUGUUUUAUAGCCAGUAUUUAAGGAGGACGGGUCAUUCGCCUUCGACCGGAAGGGCCCAGGCGAGUGGCAGCCCCAGGCUUGCCCCAGCCAUGUAAUAAAUGCAGAUGCCCAAACA